GUCUCUGGAGUACGCCGAGAAACUGAGCUGCGGGCCGGAGAGCAGCUGAGCCCCAGCCGCGCAAAGCAAACUCCACUUGUAGGGAGCCCGUGAGCCACGGUGUGGGAGAAUCGGUAGCACCCUGCCAGGCACAGCCCCCACAGUACGUGGAGACCUCGCCGCUUGCAAAAAGCAUGUCACAGUAGUUUCCCCAUGCGUAGCAACACAUUCAACCAUCAAGCCGAACAGGCUUUUGAUAACACAAGAGCACCCCCGAAUUAGGCUGUGCCCCCUAAAUUAUUAAAGUGAUUCCAGCAAGAUUCUACCAUGCUUUGGAGGAGGAAGAUGAGGAUUCUUGUACUUCUGCUGCUUUAUCAUUGUGCUGCAAAGAAAGCCAAAAGUUACAGCACUUCAGAUCCCAACUUUAUUGUAAUCAUGGUUGAUGACCUUGGCAUUGGAGAUCUGGGAUGUUAUGGAAACAAAACUUUAAGAACCCCUAAUAUUGACAAGUUAGCUAAAGGAGGAGUGACAUUUACUCAGCAUAUAGCAGCAUCUCCACUGUGUACCCCAAGCAGAGCAGCUUUUUUGACAGGCCGAUAUUCCAUCAGAUCAGGAAUGGCUGCAUUUUCAAACAUUGGUGUCUUCUUAGUUUCUGCCUCUUCUGGUGGACUUCCCACUGAAGAAAUAACAUUUGCGAAACUUUUGAAGCAGAAAGGUUAUUCUACAGCUCUUAUAGGUACAGCUAUUGAUAUAUGUAUGGUUGUAUUUGUUACAGUCAUUGUGUAUGGAGAUCUGAUACUCAUCUUCGGAAGCAAGUCCUCUUUUUCUCAACUUAGUUAUGGAUUUGAUUACUUCUAUGGGCUCACCAUGACCAAUCUUAGAGAUUGCAAACCAGGGGAAGGCAGUGUGUUUGUGGCAGGGGUUCAACCAUACCUAGCCACUCCACUUCAGCUCAUUGGCAUCCUCUUAAUCUCUUUGGGGGUGCUGCAUUAUGUUGGCUUCCUCAGAAUACCCCCUGGAGCAGUAGGAUACUCCUUUUUAAUACUUAUACUUUUGCUUGGACUUUUGCUCAUCUUCUUUUAUACUUUUCGAUAUUUAAACUGCUUCUUGAUGAGGAAUCACCAGAUUAUCCAGCAGCCACUGUCCUACAAGAACCUUACUCAAAGAUUGACUGAAGAAGCUGUACAGUUUAUAGGAAGGAACACUGAUGCACCAUUUCUUCUUUUCCUGUCCUACCUUCAAGUCCAUACUCCUCUAUAUGCAUCAAAGGAUUUCAAAGGAAAGAGCAAACAUGGAUUGUAUGGGGAUGCAGUAGAGGAAAUGGAUUGGAGUAUAGGAAAGAUUCUGCAUGUGCUAAAGAAAUGGAAUCUGAAUAAUAAGACUCUUGUAUAUUUCACAUCUGACCAGGGAGCUCAUGUUGAAGAAAUUUCUAACACUGGAGAAGUCCAUGGAGGAUAUAAUGGAAUUUAUAAAGGCGGAAAGACCACAAACUGGGAAGGAGGUAUUCGUGUGCCAGGUCUUCUGCACUGGCCAGGAGUGAUACAAGCGGGUGUCAGUAUUGAUGAGCCUACAAGUAACAUGGAUAUAUUCCCUACAAUUAUUAAACUUGCAGGGAUACCAUUACCCAAUGACAGAAUUAUUGAUGGACGUGAUCUGAUGCCCUUGCUUCAAGGGAAAAUUCUCCGAUCCGAGCAUGAAUUUCUCUUCCAUUACUGUAAUGCAUAUUUAAAUGCAGUGCGCUGGCAUCCAGGAAACAGUGAAUCAAUUUGGAAAGCUUUUUUCUUCACUCCAAACUUUAAUCCAGAAGGCUCCAACGGUUGCUAUAAUGCCCAUGUGUGCUAUUGCUCCGGAAGCUCUGUGACACACCACAACCCACCACUGCUCUUUGAUCUCUCCAGAGACCCCGGAGAGAAGAAUCCACUGACACCGCAGACUGAGCAUCAUUUCUAUGAAAUCCUUGAUGUCAUUCAACAAGCAGUAAACAACCACACCAAAUCAUUGCAUAGAGUCUCCGACCAAUUAUCCUGGGGGAAUAUCCUUUGGAAGCCAUGGCUUCAGUUAUGUUGCUCGUCCGUCUUUCUGUCUUGUUACUGUGACCAUGAGUCUGAAGAAAAACUGAGCUUGCCUAAGGUGUAAUGGCACUGCAACAUCCACACAUGUUUUUUUGGAUAAACCUCUUCAAAUUUUACCUCCAGUAAUUGGAACAAGCAGUAUUGUUAGGUGGCUUUUCUUGAACCACUAUACUACAUAAUCUUUACAAUCCCACUGGGGCUGUUAGGACUAGCAUAGGUCUAUAGUAUCUGCUGGAAUCCCAAAUCCUACUACAGUAAAACUCCAAUGCUCCGGCACUUCUGAUGGUCCGGCACCAUUGGGAACCCGGAAGUGCUCCGGGCAGCUGGACAAUUGGAGCUGCUCUGUGCCUGG